AAUGUAAAAUAUAUUUUUGUUUCUUCAUGUUAUUAAUAAUUAUAAAAUGGAUAAGAAUGUUGUUAAAACUAUCCAGAAGUGAAUUUACGCUGCUGUGUUAUAAAAGUCCUAAUUAGGGGGUUUCCUUCUAAAAACCAUCAUGAAUGAGGAAGUGUUAAUUGUGUUAAAGCUGCAUGCGGUUUAUCUUUAGGCCCACUGACAUUAGUUCUGUUUUCAGCCUUUCCUGUGAGAAUAUUCAGCUGUAAAGACUCAUACAAUCAACUUUUUGAUUAGUGAUUGAUUGUAUGUCAGUCAUGGUGUUGGCAGAAGUUGGAUUUUUCUUUUUGGGUUUCAUUCUUUACCUCUCAGCCUUUCCUGCGAGCACACUCAGCUGUAAAGAUCUUUUCAAGAUUCAAACAACCAACUUUCAGACUAGAAGCUGAAAUCUACAGCAAUCAUGAUCUUGGCAGAAGCUGGAUUUUUUGGGGUGGGUUUCAUUCUGUGUCUCUCAGGUAGGAAUGACUCUUUGCCCUCCUUAUGAUAACUAAAGACUAUAAAAAUGUUUCAAGUGUAGAAAAACUUACAAAGGUUAUUAAAAAAUGUUAGAAAACAUGAGAUUCACUGUUAGGCAGCAGGAGUUCUGCUUUGAAGAGCUCCUGAAGUGCACAAAAGGACAAUAAUAUCAUCACUGAAUGACUGGAACAGAGUAGAAACAUGUCUAAACAGAUGUUUGUAAUGAAUGUUGUGUUAAUCCACUGAAGGGAAGCUGAACAGCAACCAUGCAGGACUCUUCACACUUGAACUCUUAAAAGCCAUGAAAAUAUAAAGAAAUCAGAAGUUGGGUUUUUUUUUUCAGCUCACAGAAUGAAUAUUUUGUCAUUAGAACAUCAUUAAUGGAACAAUCCACUCUCAGCCCAGAUGGAGGUUUAAAAAGAGUAAAACCAACAGAAAACAGCUGUUAAAAUCAGUUUAAAGCCCCUGAAACACAACACAAGAACUACAAAUUCCCAUGAAACAGUGCUUGGUACUGCUGUCUUUGAAAUAUCAUGAUCCUUUACACUGAUACAAAGAGCAGCUGCAGCUUGACACCAGAGUAAGGUUUACAUCAUUACAGCUGUUCAUGCUCACGAAGCAUCAGUCUGGAGAUUCUUUGACACCACAGACGUGUUUCCAUCAUAAACCAGAAACAGAAAAUCGUUUUAACACCUCUGCAGCUUUCUGCUCUCACAAAAGGAAAAAAUAAAGCUUGAACUUGAAUAUGUGACUAAAGACAACAGCAUGCUGUAGAGACAACACAAAGUACUAAAAUACACUUUGUGUUGUAAAUAAUGUGGGAAAUGAUUGCAUGUAAUUUCUCAUGCCUAAAGACACAGCAUACACGUACAUGAAGAGGAAGAUACAUGUACAGGAAGUUAAGUUUCACUGUGCAAUGUGUUAAACUGAAUAUGAAACUGUCACUCUGUCGUCAUUUUAAUCCUUUGCUUUGAUAAAGAGAAGUUAACCCAGCAAGGUGAGGUGGUUAGUUUGUCUUUCUAAUGUCUGAGUUUUUUUUACAUUUACUCUUAACUUUAAAUGUCAGCGAACAGCAACAAUCACAGCUGAUCUGUUCACUAAUGAAAGUUUGUGUUAAAGGUGUUAAUGGAGGAGAAACCAGGAUCUGUGCUCUCAAAGGUUCAUCAGUGGAUCUGCACUGCUCACAUCAACAUCUGACCUCAAGCAGCAAAUGGUUCACUAUAGACUGGGAUGGUUAUAAGUAUGUUCAGAGUGAGCUCUCUGUGGAUGGACCACGUGUAACAUACAACAUGUCUGAAGAGAAAAAGUCAACUUUAACCAUCAAUGAUCUAAGAGAGAGUGAUGCAAACGCUUACUGCUGUAUGAAGACUGCAGACAGACCAGGAAACUGUUCACUCAGUAACAUUACUCUUCAAGUUGUUGCAGAGCUGCAGGUAAAGGUGAUUCCUGCCACAGAGGGACAGACAGUAACACUGAUGUGCAGCAGCAGCUGUCCUCUGACUGAAAAGCCUGCAGCCUACAUCUGGUAUAAGAACAGAGAGUUUCUCUAUGAGGACUGGUCUCCCUGGUACCAAGAGCUGCUCAGCAGUGAGGAAGCAGUCACAUACUCCUGUGCUGUCAAAGGCUACGAGCAUCUCAGAGCCCCUGAAGUCUCUGUGGAUUCCCUCACAGAGACCUGCUUCAGUGUGACCUAUGCUAAAGGGAGAAUGUGUUCUUACAGGAAGACAUCAGUAGAUGAGCUGUGCUCCAUCACAUAUCCCAGAGAGGUUCGUGUUCAAAAAACCUCCUACACAUCAGAUAGUGUCACACUGACCUGUAACAGCACCUGUAAGCUGUUUGACCCUGAAACUGCCUACAUUAGCUGCAGAAACAAAAGCAGAAACUACAAGAAUCAACAAUGUUUAACUCACAACAAUUCAACAUACAAGUUCUCUUGUGCUGUAAAAAACCACAAGUACCUUGAGUCUGCAGAAGUCUGUGUUCGGGAUAAAAACUGCCGGAUUAGGAAUUAUGUCAGCAGGAGAAUCUGUGCUCUGGAAGGAUCUUCAGUCAACAUCACAUGUGAAUACUCACAUCCUGAUAACAUGAAGCCAGAGUUUAAGUGUUGGAGUAAAAAAUGGAGAAAAGAUAAAGUGGAAGUUGAAGAGCUGAUUGAGGCUGCAGGUGGUGUGGAGUAUCAGGACAACAUGAAGAACCAACACAUCCUGACCAUCAACAACCUGAAGAAGAAUGACUCAGGAGGAUACACAUUCAGAUUCAACAAAGAUCAUGAAAGAUGGAGACAGUCUGAUCUGCCUGGAGUCUUUUUGAUUGUCACAGAGCUGAGAGUGAAGAUGAGUCCUUCUGCAGUGGUGACAGAGGGUCAGAGAGUCACACUGACCUGCAGUACCAGCUGUCCUCUGACUGACAACACAAACUACAUUUGGAACUUGAACAGUCGACCUCUGACCCCGAGAGAGAACCAGAACAAACAUCUGAUCCUAGACCCAGUCAGCAGGGAGGGUGCAGGAAGCUACUCCUGUGCUGUGAAAAGCAAGAAAGAUAUCAGCUCUGCUCCAAAGACUCUCACUGUCCAAAGUAUCACAGGAACAUGGACACCAUCAGCUGCAGGAGUUUCUGCAGCUCUGCUGGUUUUAAUACUUCUCACUCUCUGCUGGUGUGUUAGGAAAAAGAGAACUUCUGGUCAGUCUCAAACAACUGAAAGGUCUGACCAAAUUGAACAGCUCAGUCCUGGUCCUGUGUAUGAAAACGUCUCAACACAACCAAAACAGGAGGAUGAAGUCCACUACAGCAGAGUCCACUUCAGAAACAAACAUGUGGUUCCUCUUUAUUCUACCGUACAGUCACAUCAGCCCAGACAACAGGAGUGUUCUCAUUAUGCUGCUGUCAGCAUCAGCUCUGAUGGAGCAUCUGGUGUCACUCCAGCAGACACAGACUUACAGACUUACUCUACUGUGAAAGUUUGAGAGAGAUGUCAUGGUCAAUAACUGCUUAUGUCAUGGCAGAGUACAACCUGAAGAGGUCACCAGAAACUCAGCCAACCGAAUCAGAGGAAAAAUAUUUACUUGUUGAAAGCUGUUACUGUGAAUGAUGUGUGCAUCGUGCUAUUUCUCUGGUCUACAUUUAUUAGGAGAGUAGAAGUACAUUUAUUAUACUCACUGCCAGAAGAGAGAUAAAAGUAACUACAAAAACACUUAAAGGAUCUUGAUAAGUGUGAAUCCACCAAGUACACAAAUUUGAUCCUUCCUCUGAAGUCUGAGUUUAAUUUCCUAAUUUCUUUUUCUACCGCAGGACACACCUUCUGUGUCCUUUUUUAACAACAUACAAAAACCCCACAAUAAAUAUAUCUGUCACUAACUUAAUUAUGUGAUUUUAAGCCAUAUUGAAUAUUUGUUGUUGAAAAUGCUUUUCAUUGUAUGCUUAUUAUCCUAAUAGUUGUCUCAUAAGCAACGACUUCAGUGCUAUUACUGUAUAAGUUGCUAAUAGGAGAUGCACUGUUAGUAAAGUAUAUUUUCAAUUCUUUUGUUGUGGUAAGAGUUUUAAACUUCAUUAAAGU